GGACCAACUUCUGCAGCUGUGACCUCUAGUUUGACCUCUAGUUUGACCUCUGCAGUGACACAGACAUCAGAAUGUGGUCUGGAUCGGUUCUGCAGUUUUGGUCAAUCUGUUCCCUGUUACGUAGCUCUGGGAGACAAACUCAAUCUGCUGAUGGUGGACGCUAGCAAAUAUGACCUGCAGAUAAAAAAGAGAAUAAACAACAACACACAAGAUGGUCCAGUUUGUAGAGUAAAGAAUGACAGGAUGAGGAUGAGUGAAUGUGAUCUUUAUAAUAACAGACCUGAAGUGAAAGUCAUUAAUGGGACUGUGAUAAUAAACUGUGUGAUCAGAGCAGAUUCUGGGAAUUACAGAUUAACACUCUUUCACUCAGACGGCACAGAAACAUCUAGAGAUCUUCAAGUGAUUGUUGAAGCUCCUGUUGGCUCAGUGGAAGUGUCAAUCAGCUGCUCCUCCAAUCAGAGGUCAGUGUCCUGCUCAUCUGACGGGGAUCACAUCAUCUACAGCUGGACUCUGAAUGGAGAAAUACUAGAACAAGGACCAAUGAAUGGAAACACCACCAUUCAGCUAAAUGAGGGAACUGAUGGAGACAUCAGCUGCAGCGUGAAGAACCACAUCAGUCACGCACAGAAGACCAUUAGAGCCAAACCCUGUCCUGUGUCUGUGGUGUUUGUUCUGGUCUGGUGUCUCCAGAUGAUGGUUCUGUUCGGUCUGUUAGGAGGUUUUCACAUCUACAUGAGACACACGUCAGGAAAGAAACAGGAAGAUCAGAAAGUGAGAAUGAGAAGAUUUAGAGAGAGACAUGAACACACAGCAGAAGAUUCAUGAGAGCAGCAGCAGAUCUUCACAUCUGUGAGAAAUGAGUUCAGAAUCAGUCCAGCUUUCACCUGUCAACAACAGAUCUUAU